AUGUCCGUUCCCGUCGCCGAGUUGCCCGAUACGCUGUCUCGCCUGAUCCCGUCCCGCACGGCACGCGGAUUCUUCCUCGCCAUCGUCUCCGGAAUCUUCUUCAACUUCCUCAACGCCUCGGUGAAGGAGCUGGCCGGCGAGAUGCCGCCGCUCUACGUCGCCUGGGGCCGCUGGGCCGCCGGCGUUGCGCUGAUCGCACCCUAUCUGUUGUGGCGCGCCGGCCUGGCCGGCAUGAAGACGCAGGACCUGAAACUCCACUGCUUCCGCGGGCCUGUUCCACACGUCGGGCUACGCGCUGUGGUACGAGGCCGUGGUGUGGCUGCCGCUCGCCACCAUGGCGGCGCUGAGCUUCACGGGGCCGAUCUUCGUCACCGUGGGCGCGGUGAUCUUCCUGCGCGAGACCGUGCACUGGCGGCGCUGGCUGGCGGUCGGCAUCGGCUUCGUCGGCAUGCUGAUCAUCGUCCGGCCGGGCCUCGUCACGAUGAACCCCGGCAUCAUCUACAUGCUCUGCGCCGUCCCGCUGAUCGCGGGCUCGAACCUCGUGGCCAAGGUCGUGUCGGGCCGCGACAAGCCGGCGGUCGUCGUGCUGUGGCAGAGCGUGAGGCUUGCGCGACGCAUGGCCUAGAUUUUACGAAGGUCGAAGAAAGAAGGUACAAGAUCGCCCAUGGCACCGAGACUAUCGGCGAACUCCGCGGAAUGAUCACCAGUCUUGUCAACCGUAGUGCCAUCACUGCUUGCAGCAGCAAAGUGGGCACGGUCGCAUACCUCACGCGGGCGAAUAUUCCAGUCCCAGAGCAAAGACUUUACCAGGAAGCCGAUGCUGAGCAGGCUCUAGACUUCGCCAAAAGCUACCGAUUCGACGUUGUCGUUAAGCCGAACUUUGGGACGGGCGGAGUUGGCAUAACGACGACGAUCUACAGCGUCGAAGAUUUCUACCAAGCUUGGCGGCACGUCCGCGAAAAUCUGAACCCGAAACGCCCGCCAGAAAUCGUUGUGGAAACAAAGUGCCCGGGCAUCGACAUCCGAGCGAUCGUUGUUGCUGGUCAAUUUUGCUGUGCCGCCACGCGUGUUCCAGCAAACAUAACCGGAGAUGGUGUUUCAACCUUAGCUGAGUUUAUCAAUCGAAAAAAUGAUCGGAGAAGAGUUCAUCCGUAUCAUCACAGGUAUCCACUGCGCAUCCAUGAAAGGCUUGAAAAGAGACUUUCGCGCAAAGGGCUCACACUCAACACCGUUUUGCCCGCCGCCGUGCCACUUAUCCUGAGUGAAGUGAGCAACAUUCAUGACGGGGGAGAUGCCUGCGAAAUUACAGAUCUUGUGCCAGCGCGCAUUCGGAUGAUUGCAGAAAAGGCUGCUGCUGCCAUGCCAGGCCUAGGCGUCGCCGGUGUCGAUCUGAUGGUUUCAUCUCUAGGAGAUGACGCGAGAGUUUUCGUACUAGAAAUGAAUGUUCGAGCUAACUUCAGUAUACACUACGCCCCCUUCGUUGGGGUGCCUCGAAAUCCGGCUGACCACAUCAUUCGCGCCAUGAAGAAAGGCGUCGAGCCGUGA